AUGAUCCAUGCGGCUGCCCCCCAUUUUCUGUGGCCGUUUGCGGUCCGCCGCCUUCGUCCACGUGUGCCUCUCACCUCACAGCAGCUGCACGACUGGUACGGUCGCCGUCAGGGUCGCGCUGCUGGAGCCCGGGGCUCUACUGCUGGAGGUACUUCUGCUGACGUCCCUGGAGCUAGGAGUGGUGCUGGUACUUUGUCUACUGGAGGUGCUGGAGUCGCUGGUCCCGGGAGUGCUCGUACUGGAGGUACUGGAGCUGCUGGGGCUGGGGGUGCUGCGUCUGGAGGUGCUGCUGCUGGAGACACCGAGGCUGGAGACCCUGGGACUGGAGGUGCUGGUUCUGGGGGUGCUGCUGCUGGAGACAUUGAGGCUGGAGACCCUGGGACUGGAGGUGCUGGUUCUGGGGGUGCUGCUGCUGGAGGCACUGGGGUUGGAGACCCUGGGCCUGGAGGUGUCGGUUCUGCUGCUGGAGCUUCUGGAGCUGCUGGAGGUGCUGGAGCUGCUGGAGGUACUGGAGCUGCUGGAGCUGCCGGUACUGGUGCAGCUGCGCCGCCACGACUGUUCUUCGCUCCGCCGUCUCCGUCGUCUCUGCCGCCGCCUGACUCUGUUCUUCGUCAGGUUCUUACUCUCCCGUCGUCUACUGGUCUUCCGUUACAGCCUGGCUCACCGCUGCCUGCUCCUUCUCCUUACACUGAGCAGACAGGUAGUCUUGCUGAGCGUCGUGAGCCUGCGUCGCGUCCAGUCUCGCCUGUUCGUCCUAGUCGUACCGGUCGUCGUGUUCCUCGUCCGCGUCAGCCGGCUGUCCCCGGCACACGCCUUGUAGCCCUGCGUCGGUCCCCUACUCCGGAGCGUACUCCUCUUCCGUCUCCCCCUCCGUCCUUUUUGCCUGACGUCGCGGACCCUGAGUCUGACCGGUUUCGUGCUGAGCACCCUACUGUCACGCGUCUGCUAGCCACUGUUAUCACUGACCCGUCGUUUGAGUCUGCUGCUGCGUCUGCCUUAGUCGCUGAGCUUGUUGACUUUGCUGCUGCCUGUCGUCUAGACUACGCUGCUAGUCUUGUUGCUGAGUCUGAGUCUGUCUGUCCUCCGUCCGUCGGGGGUGAGUGUGCCCUUGGCACGGACGUCCUUGAGGACAGGCACGAGGACCUUGAGUGUCUUGCAGCCGCUGCGCCUCAUCUCGUGGCCAUGCUGCUUGCCCCUGAGGGAGACCCGGAUGCUAUAGACAUCCCCACACCGCGCUCUUACGCUGAGGCGAUCGCGGGUCCCUACUCCUCUCAGUGGCAUCCUGGAAGUCCACAGGCACUUACGUCGAUGAGUCAGCGAGAGGGAGUUGACUUCUUCCAGACCUUCUCUCCUACCCCGAAGAUGACUACUCUUCGGGUGCUGCUGCACGUUGCCGCACAGCGUGACUACGAGCUUCACUCCCUUGACUUCAGCACAGCUUUCCUACAGGGCAGCCUGCACGAGGAGAUCUGGCUGCGCCGCCCACCUGGCUUCACUGGGACGUUCCAUCCUGGUACCCAGUGGAGCCUCCGCCGGCCAGUCUACGGUCUCCGCCAGGCACCCCGUGAGUGGCACGACACACUGAGGACUACCCUUGCGGCUCUUGGGUUUGCGCCUUCGACUGCUGACCCUUCACUGUUUCUACGCACCGACACUUUGCUGCCGCCGUUCUAUAUCCUCGUGUACGUCGACGACUUGGUCUUUGCUACUGCUGACACUGAGGCCCUCGCCCUGGUGAAGUCGGAGCUGCAGAAGAGACACACGUGCACAGACCUGGGUGAGCUGCGCAGCUACCUUGGCUUGCAGAUCACCCGGGACCGAGCACGCCGCACCAUCACACUGACUCAGUCACACAUGGUGCAGCAGGUCCUUCAGCGCUUCGGCUUCACCUGGUCCUCAGCACAGGCCACUCCUCUGGCUAUAGGUCACUCGCUCUCAGCUCUGCCUUCGGAUGAGUCCGUAGAGCCGAGUGGUCCUUACCCAAAGCUAGUGGGCUGCCUCAUGUACCUGAUGACUUGCACUCGUCCUGACCUUGCGUACCCUCUUGGCCUUCUGGCUCGCUACGUGGCUCCUGGUCGGCACCGAAAGGUGCACUGGGAUGCUGCGAAGAGGGUACUGCGCUACUUGUGCAGUACAUCGGGCAUGGGGCUCGUGCUUGGAGGACGGCGAGAGGUGGUCCUCACUGGGCACUCAGACGCUUCUUGGGUUGACGACCAGGCUACGCAGCGGUCGUCACAGGGUUACACUUUCAGCCUUGGCUCUGGUUCUGUUUCUUGGCGUUCUACUCGCUCGUCUUCUGUUCUCAGCUCCAGUUGUGAGGCUGAGAUCUACGCCACCGCCAUGGCUGCUCAGGAGUUACGCUGGCUCACCUACCUGCUGACCGACCUGGGAGAGCGGCCUCGUUCUCCUCCAGUGCUGUACGUCGACAACAAGGCUGCUAUUGCCUUGUGUGAGGAGCACAGACUGGAGCACAGAACGAAGCACAUCGCUCUGCGGUACUUUCUGGCUCGAGAGCUGCAGCAGCGUGGUCAGCUUCGUCUUGCACACGUGGCCACUAGGGCCAACACUGCUGAUAUAUUCACCAAGGCACUUCCGUCUGGUGAUCAUCAGCGCUUUUGUACUUUGUUAGGCCUUGUGCCUACGUUUCCACACUUGCUGUACUGUGUUCUAUAUUUAUACCUGCAUGCUUGCUCUUGCUAG